AUGCAUUACAGUCCUCGUUUACUCCAUGGCGAAAAUGAGGUUUCUCCGCGUAAAGGAGUGCUUCGUAAAAACUCUACCUUUACCGUUGAGGAUCUUUCCUUUGCUAAAACAAAAAAAGACUUGACAAUCGGCGAUAAUAGCCUGAACGAUAACUCGGAUCUUGAUUUCAUCGAUGACGAUCCGGACCUUUCUUCUGCAAUGUCCGAUGAUGAUGAAAUAGAUUCCAACGCAGAGGAGCUAAAUUUUAGCCAAGAGGAGAUGAAGUCUGAUGAGGAAGAUAUAAAGUCUGAUGAGGAAGAUAUAAAGUCUGAUGAGCAAGAUAUAAAGUCUGAUGAGGAAGAAAUACAAUCCGCCAGUAACGAUCUUAGUGAAUUUUUAGAUGAGAAAGAAGAAAGAACGGCCAACGUAGCGCAAAUGAAUAUCACGUCCGAUCUUGCUACCUUAAAGAAAAGGAUUGAAGAGACCGUUUAUAUUUUGAUGAACUUUUCCAAGGCUAGAGACCCAAAUACUUCCCGUCCCACCUACUGCAAUGCUCUGAUUAAGGACCUCUGUCUUUAUUACGGAUAUUCGGAGUAUUUGAUCACAGAACAUUUCUUCCACAUGUUUUCAGUUGCAGAGCUUAUCCAAUUCUUGGAAGCCAGCGACGUUCCUCGUCCCGUUACCAUUCGUACAAAUACACUUAAAAUCAAGCGACGAAGGGAUCUUGCAAAGGCUCUCAUUGGCAGGGGCAUAAAUGUUGACCCACUCGCCAUUGGGGAUGAAACGGAGGAUGACAACGAGGCAUCGUCGUCCAAUGCUUGGUCGGCCCUUGGCCUUCAGGUCUUCCAUGAUGGAGGAGAUGAUAGAUCCUCCGGCAAUGUUCCGCUUGGAGCAACACCGGAAUAUCUUUCGGGACUAUAUAUGCUGCAAGCAGCCGCGUCGUUCCUUCCUGUUGUGUCUCUUGCACCUGCUCCUGGAGAGCGAGUUUUGGACAUGUGUGCAGCACCGGGCGGCAAGUCUACACACUGCUCGCAACUGAUGAAAAACUCUGGUCUGCUACUUGCCAACGAUCUUUCCAAAGAUCGCCAGAAAGCAACUGCCGCAAAUAUUUACCGCCUUGGAGUGCGCAAUGCCAUUAUUUCCGUUAUGGACGGACGACAGCUUCCCUCCCAAUUUGGGGCCAACUUUUUUGACAAGGUGCUUUUAGACGCUCCAUGCUCCGGAACUGGAGUCAUCUCGAAAGACCCUACCGUCAAAGUUUCUAAAGAAGCUUCUGACUUUAAGCUUCUUACACAUACGCAAAAAGAAUUGAUUUUAACGGCCAUUGACUUGGCCAGUGCCAAUGAUGGCGUUAUUGUCUAUUCCACCUGUUCUGUUUGCGUCGAAGAGAACGAGGAAAUUGUUCAAUACGCGCUCGAAAAACGGCCCAAUGUCAAGCUGGUUGAGACGCGCCUUCCAUUUGGACGUCCCGGAUAUGUCAACUAUCGUGAAAAACGGUUCUCUUCGUCGAUGAAGCUUACGAUGAGAUAUUAUCCCCACGUGCACAACUUGGACGGAUUUUAUGUGGCCAGGUUUAUCAAAACAUCUUGUUUUCCAAACCCAGCAGGUAGAAAUGUCCAGACCGAGGCGUUGGCGGCCCGUGAUGAAGGGAAAUCCCAGUGA